AUGUUGCUGAACAUCCAGACACAGAGCCAGGUCAUCAUAUAUGCAGGAUGCAUCACCCAGAUGUUCUUUGUUCUACUGUUUUCAGGAUUGGACAACUUUCUCUUGACUGUGAUGUCCUAUGACUGGUAUGUGACCAUCUGUCGCCCCCUGCUAUAUACUGUCAUUAUGAACCCCCAGCUCUGUGUGUUGCUGGUUCUUACAGCCUGGAACGUGAGUGCCCUGCAUUCCUUGUUACAUACCUUAAUGAUAUUACAGCUGUCCUUCUGUCCACAUGUGGAAAUCCCCCAGUUCUACUAUGAUCUUAAUAAGCUUGUCCACCUGGCCUGCUCUGACACCUUUCUCAAUGUCAUGGUGACCUAUUCUGCAGCUGUGCUGCUGGGUGGCGGUCCCAUUGCUGGGAUCAUUUACUCUUAUUCUAAGAUAGUUUCCUCCUUUUGUGCAAUCUCAUCAGCUCAGAGGAAGUACAAAGCAUUUUCUGCCUAUGCCUCUCACCUCUCAGUUGUCUCCUUAAUUUUUUGUACAAGCAUGGGUGUGUACCUUAGUGCUGCUGCUACCCACAGCUCACAAUCAAGUGCAGCAGUCUCAGUGAUAUACACUGUGGUCACUCCCAUGCUGAAUGCCUUCAUCUACAGUCUGAGGAAUAAAAAUGCAAAGAGGGCCCUGAAAAAUAGUCUUUGGAGGAAAACUUUACAUGGACCCAUUGUCCUGGAACUGACGAAGUUCACCAAUUGCAGGGUUCAAAAUAUCAGUAAGGUAUUGUGA